GCGCGAGCCUGCCCGAGCCAAUCAGCGGCUACAAAAUCGCGUCGCUCGCGCGGCUCGCGAGAGCCGCCUUGAACUUUGACCUCGCCCCAAGCGCGAGCUGUGGCCGUCUCGGGUUCUGUUCCUUUCCCCUCCUCCGCCUGAGCGAGGCCGCUCCCUCCCCCCGUGUCACCAAGUGGCGAUGAGCCUGCCCCCCCGGCGGCGCCCUCACUGAUCCCCCUCCCGUCUCGCUCCGCGCCGCCCCCGGGGACACAGCCGCCGCCGCCGCCGCCCCCAGCCAGCGCCGUCCCCCAGCAGUGGGCGAGGUGGAGCCGGCGAGGCCCAGACGACGCCCCCCACCGGGACCAUCAACAUGGCGAGCGCCUCCUACCACAUCUCCAACCUGCUGGAGAAAAUGACAUCCAGCGACAAGGACUUCAGGUUUAUGGCUACAAAUGACUUGAUGACUGAACUACAGAAGGAUUCCAUCAAGUUGGAUGAUGACAGUGAAAGGAAGGUCGUGAAGAUGAUUCUGAAGUUACUGGAAGAUAAGAAUGGCGAGGUGCAAAACUUGGCUGUCAAAUGUCUUGGCCCUUUGGUGAGUAAAGUGAAGGAGUAUCAAGUGGAGACCAUUGUGGAUACACUCUGUACUAACAUGCUUUCCGAUAAAGAGCAGCUACGUGAUAUUUCAAGCAUUGGCCUUAAAACAGUCAUUGGAGAACUUCCUCCAGCUUCCAGUGGAUCUGCAUUAGCGGCUAAUGUUUGUAAAAAGAUCACAGGGCGUCUUACAAGUGCUAUAGCCAAGCAGGAAGAUGUGUCUGUCCAAUUAGAGGCCUUGGAUAUCAUGGCUGAUAUGCUGAGCAGGCAAGGAGGACUGCUUGUUAACUUCCAUCCUUCAAUUCUGACCUGUCUGCUCCCCCAGCUGACUAGUCCCAGGCUUGCUGUGAGGAAAAGAACCAUUAUUGCUCUUGGUCACCUGGUUAUGAGUUGUGGCAAUAUAGUUUUUGUUGACCUCAUUGAACAUCUGUUGACAGAGCUGUCUAAAAAUGAUUCCAUGUCAACAACUAGGACCUAUAUACAGUGUAUUGCUGCUAUCAGUAGGCAAGCAGGUCAUAGAAUAGGUGAAUAUCUUGAGAAAAUAAUCCCUUUAGUGGUAAAAUUUUGUAAUGUAGAUGAUGAUGAACUAAGAGAAUAUUGCAUUCAAGCUUUUGAAUCUUUUGUUAGGAGAUGUCCUAAGGAAGUUUAUCCUCAUGUGUCUACCAUUAUAAACAUUUGUCUUAAAUACCUUACCUAUGAUCCUAAUUACAAUUAUGAUGAUGAAGAUGAAGAUGAAAAUGCCAUGGAUGCUGAUGGUGGUGAUGAUGAUGAUCAAGGGAGUGAUGAUGAAUAUAGUGAUGAUGACGAUAUGAGCUGGAAAGUGAGACGUGCAGCAGCUAAAUGUUUAGAUGCUGUGGUUAGCACACGACAUGAAAUGCUUCCAGAAUUCUACAAGACCGUAUCUCCUGCUUUAAUAGCCAGAUUCAAAGAGCGUGAGGAGAACGUAAAAGCAGAUGUUUUCCAUGCGUAUCUUUCUCUUUUAAAACAAACUCGACCUGUGCAGAGUUGGCUGUGUGAUCCUGACGCAAUGGAACAAGGAGAGACACCUUUGACAAUGCUUCAGAGUCAGGUUCCCAACAUAGUUAAAGCCUUGCACAAACAGAUGAAGGAGAAGAGUGUGAAGACUCGUCAAUGUUGUUUUAACAUGCUAACUGAGCUGGUAAAUGUUUUACCUGGAGCCCUAACACAACACAUUCCUGUACUUGUGCCAGGGAUAAUUUUUUCACUGAAUGACAAAUCAAGUUCCUCUAAUUUGAAGAUUGAUGCUUUGUCUUGUCUGUACGUGAUCCUGUGUAACCAUUCUCCCCAAGUCUUCCAUCCUCAUGUUCAAGCACUGGUGCCUCCAGUUGUAGCUUGUGUUGGAGACCCUUUUUACAAGAUAACAUCAGAGGCACUUCUGGUUACACAGCAGCUUGUGAAGGUCAUUCGUCCUUUAGACCAGCCUUCUUCCUUUGAUGCCACACCUUACAUCAAAGAUUUGUUUACUUGCACCAUCAAGAGACUGAAGGCUGCUGACAUUGAUCAGGAAGUAAAAGAGAGGGCAAUCUCCUGUAUGGGCCAGAUCAUCUGCAGCCUGGGUGAUAAUCUGGGCACUGACCUGCCUACUACGCUUCAGAUCUUCCUAGAGAGACUAAAGAAUGAGAUUACUCGCUUAACUACAGUGAAGGCUUUGACGCUGAUUGCUGGCUCUCCUUUGAAGAUAGAUCUGAGACCAAUCCUUGGGGAAGGAGUUCCUAUCCUUGCCUCUUUCCUCAGAAAGAACCAGCGAGCUUUGAAACUAGGCACGCUUUCCGCUCUAGAUAUCUUAAUUAAAAAUUACAGUGACAGCUUGACAGCUGCCAUGAUUGAUGCUGUCCUGGAUGAGCUUCCACCUCUUAUCAAUGAAAGUGAUAUGCACGUUUCACAGAUGGCCAUCAGUUUUCUGACUACACUGGCUAAAGUGUAUCCUUCCUCCCUCUCAAAGAUCAGUGGGUCUAUUCUUAAUGAACUUAUUGGCCUGGUGAGAUCACCAUUAUUGCAGGGUGGAGCACUUAGUGCUAUGCUAGAAUUUUUCCAAGCUUUGGUUGUGACUGGAACAAAUAACUUAGGAUAUAUGGAUUUAUUACGCAUGUUAACAGGUCCAGUGUACUCGCAGAGCACUGCACUUACUCACAAGCAGUCUUAUUAUUCCAUUGCCAAAUGUGUAGCUGCCCUUACACGCGCUUGCCCUAAAGAGGGACCAGCUGUAGUAGGUCAGUUCAUUCAAGAUGUCAAGAAUUCAAGGUCCACAGAUUCUAUUCGUCUUUUAGCUUUGCUGUCUCUUGGAGAAGUUGGGCAUCACAUUGAUCUAAGUGGACAAAUUGAGCUCAAGUCUGUAAUACUAGAAGCAUUCUCCUCUCCAAGUGAAGAAGUCAAAUCUGCAGCAUCUUAUGCCCUUGGCAGUAUUAGUGUUGGCAAUCUUCCUGAAUAUCUACCAUUUGUCUUACAAGAAAUAACCAGUCAGCCUAAGAGGCAAUACCUACUUCUCCAUUCCUUGAAAGAAAUAAUUAGCUCUGCAUCAGUGGUAGGCCUCAAACCAUAUGUUGAGAACAUCUGGGCCUUACUGCUGAAACACUGUGAGUGUGCAGAAGAGGGUACCAGGAAUGUUGUUGCUGAAUGCUUGGGCAAGCUUACGUUAAUAGACCCAGAGACUCUGCUACCACGGCUCAAGGGAUAUUUGGCAUCAGGGUCAUCAUAUGCUCGAAGUUCAGUGGUUACUGCUGUGAAGUUCACGAUUUCUGAUCAUCCACAACCCAUAGAUCCACUAUUAAAGAACUGCAUAGGUGAUUUUCUAAAAACAUUGGAAGACCCAGAUCUCAAUGUAAGGAGAGUGGCCCUAGUGACGUUUAAUUCAGCAGCACACAAUAAACCAUCAUUAAUAAGAGACCUUUUAGAUACUGUGCUUCCUCAUCUUUACAAUGAAACAAAAGUCAGAAAGGAACUAAUAAGAGAGGUGGAAAUGGGACCAUUCAAGCAUACAGUUGAUGAUGGGCUGGACAUUAGAAAGGCAGCUUUUGAGUGCAUGUACACUCUUUUAGAUAGCUGUCUGGAUAGGCUAGACAUAUUUGAAUUCCUAAACCAUGUUGAAGAUGGUUUGAAGGAUCAUUAUGACAUUAAGAUGCUAACGUUUCUAAUGUUGGUGAGACUGUCUACUCUUUGUCCAAGUGCAGUACUGCAGAGAUUGGAUAGGCUUGUUGAACCCUUACGUGCCACAUGUACAACAAAGGUAAAGGCAAACUCAGUGAAACAGGAGUUUGAAAAACAAGAUGAACUGAAGCGGUCUGCCAUGAGGGCAGUAGCAGCCCUUCUAACCAUUCCAGAAGCAGAGAAGAGUCCGUUAAUGAGUGAAUUUCAGUCACAGAUAAGCUCUAAUCCUGAGCUGGCAGCCAUCUUUGAAAGUAUCCAGAAAGAUUCAUCAUCCACUAACUUAGAAUCAAUGGACACUAGUUAGAUGUUUGUUCAAAAUGGGGACCAUUACGUUGAACCAUAUGAUGCACUGAAUUGACAGGUUAAGAGUAAGAAACAGAAAAAUAUCUAAUCUUCACAUUGUUCCACUUUAUUUACCUUUAUGGAGACAGUUGGCUUUUUCCCAUUGUUGCUUUUCUAGCAUUUAUUCCAGAAAUACGUAUUUCCAUGAUCCAGAAGUUGUAAACCACUCAUGUUUUAGUGGAUUUGGCCACAUUUUGAAAUGGAAAUAAAAGGUUAAAACAUAUGGUGUAUGGAAAUAGGCUCCAACAUCCAUUUGCCCAGUAAUGUUUAGGAUUAAAAUGUUAAAAUUUUGUGACCAUGUUUUUUUUCUUUUUUUAAAUUUUCUUCUUUCUGUAAAAACAAAACCACCAUGUUUUUGUAUAACUUUUAUUCUUUUGUGUUUCAGCUACAUAAAUUGAUUUGGCUGGCCGAUAAGAAAUUCUUCUGUGUAAGAUUUAUUAUAUUGCAGAGGGUUUGGGCACAGUUUAAAAAAUGCAGACAUAAAUAAAUGUCACUUUUAAAGGUGUGGGGAUUAGAAAAUUAAUAUCCCUGUUGUGCACACUAACUUUGCAUGAGCAAGUUUACAAAUAUAUAUUGUCUGUAAAACA